GGGGGCUAUAGCUCUCUGCCGAACCUUUAUGAUGCCCUUUACAGCAUCUCAAGCCCACCUGCAACUGUGACAACUUAAAAAAAAGUGAUUGGAGACAUUGUUUGCAAUGUUACCGGGCGGAGCGCAUCUUUGCUGAGACGUUUGAUACAUUUAAAACUAGAGGGAUUGUCAGAGAAAAGCUCUUGCCAUGUCUCUACUUUGUGUAAGAGUAAAGAAAGCCAAGCUCCAUGGAUCUCCGGAUAAGUUCAAUUCAUAUGUGACGCUGAAGGUGCAGAAUGUCAAGAGCACCACCAUCACCGUGCGAGGGGACCAGCCAUGCUGGGAGCAGGACUUCAUGUUUGAGAUCAACCGUCUGGACCUGGGGCUCAUCGUGGAGGUGUGGAACAAAGGCCUUAUCUGGGACACCAUGCUGGGGACUGCCUGGAUCCCCCUCAAGAGCAUCCGCCAGUCAGAAGAGGAGGGCUCAGGGGAGUGGACCUUCCUGGAUGCUGAGGUUCUGAUGAAGGCUGAUGAGAUUUACGGCACCAAGAACCCAACGCCCUACCGGGUUCUGCUGGACACGCGCUUUGAGCUGCCCUUCGACAUCCCAGAUGAUGAGGCGCAGUACUGGACCGGCAAGCUGGAUCGCAUCAACACUAUGAGGAUCCAUGAUGAGUACCCUCUGCAGGAUGAGGUCCAAAGACGCCCCAUGCCGCUUGCUGCCUCCCAAUGCUGCAACUAUUUCGGAUGGGCUGACACACUGACCCUGGAUGACCAUGACAGUGCGGUGGACGACCGGGACAGUGACUACCGCAGUGAGACCAGCAACAGCUUGCCCCCGCGCUACCACACCACGACCCAGCCCAACUCCUCCAUGCACCAGUACCCCAUGGGCACCCGGCUCCAGAACCAUCUGGACUCUUGCACCGACUCCAUGCACAGCUUUGACAUGGACUACAGAGACCACCGUGGUAGCAGUCCGGUGGAAAGUAGUCGCUUUGGGUCCUCUGGAAACCUGAGCCAGACCAGCUCCCAGCUUAGUGAGACAGGCCAGGAGAGUGCUGCAGGCUCAGGGCUGGAAGAGUCCUUCCACUCUUACCACAGUACUAGCUUCCGCCCCUCUACCAAUGGCCAGCAACCCACCAACGGACACCUCCCCAGCAAUGGACACUAUGUUUUGGGGCAGGAGGAAUUGCACAGACCCUCCCUGGAUGUGGGGAAGAGCUUAAAUGGCUCUAUGAAGAAAUUGGACCACCCAGUCGAGAAAAGGUCCAAUAAAAUGCUGCAAAGUUUCCACGACGAUGGGCCUCCUUUGCCCUUCUCUCCAUCCAGAAUACGCUGGUUGAAGGCCAUUAACAAAGUGAGGGUACAGCUGCAGGAGGGUCGAGAUGAUGGACCCAACUCCAGACAAGCUUGGAUCAAACCAGGUGGUGGAAGUGGUUUGUUUGGGAUUGACAGCAUGCCAGACCUUCGUAAGAGGAAGCCUAUACCCCUGGUCAGCGACGUGGCUAUGUCACUGGUCCAGGCUAGAAAGGCUGGAAUCACCUCUUCCAUGGCCGCACGGUCCUCCGUCAAAGACGAGGAGCUGAAGAACCACGUGUACAAGAAGACUCUACAGGCUCUGAUCUACCCCAUCUCUUGCACCACGCCCCAUAACUUUGAGGUGUGGACAGCCACCACGCCCACCUACUGCUACGAGUGCGAGGGGCUGCUGUGGGGCAUCGCCCGCCAGGGCAUGAGGUGCUCCGAGUGUGGGGUCAAGUGUCACGAGAAGUGUCAGGAGCUGCUGAAUGCUGACUGCCUGCAACGUGCUGCGGAGAAGAGCUCAAAGCAUGGGGCUGAGGAUCGUACCCAGAACAUCAUCAUGGCCAUGAAGGACCGCAUGAAGAUCAGGGAGAGGAACAAGCCGGAGAUCUUUGACGUGAUCCGGGAUGUCUUUGUCAUCAGCAAGGGGAUCCACGCUCAGCAGAUGAAGACCAUCAAACAAAGUGUACUGGACGGAACCUCCAAGUGGUCGGCCAAGAUCACCAUCACAGUGCUUUGUGCCCAGGGACUGCAGGCCAAAGAUAAGACGGGUUCCAGCGACCCCUAUGUCACGGUCCAGGUGGGCAAGACCAAGAAAAGGACCAAGACCAUCUACGGCAACCUUAAUCCUGUCUGGGAGGAGAAGUUCCACUUCGAGUGUCAUAACUCGUCGGACCGCAUCAAGGUGCGUGUGUGGGACGAGGACGAUGACAUCAAGUCCCGGGUGAAGCAGCGUCUGAAGAGAGAGUCCGAUGACUUCCUGGGUCAAAGCAUCAUCGAGGUCCGCACGCUCAGCGGAGAGAUGGACGUCUGGUACAACCUAGAGAAGAGGACCGACAAGUCAGCCGUGUCCGGUGCUAUCCGUCUCCACAUAAGUGUGGAGAUCAAGGGAGAGGAGAAAGUGGCUCCCUAUCACGUCCAGUACACCUGUCUACAUGAGAACCUCUUCCACCACUCAACGGACGUUCUGGGCCAGGGGGUUGUGAGGAUCCCAGACGCCAAAGGAGACGAUGCCUGGAAGGUGUACUUUGACGAGGUGGCCCAGGAGAUAGUGGACGAGUUUGCCAUGCGCUACGGGAUCGAGUCCAUCUACCAGGCCAUGACGCACUUCGCCUGCCUGUCCUCUAAGUACAUGUGUCCUGGCGUUCCGGCGGUGAUGAGCACCCUGCUGGCCAACAUCAAUGCGUUCUACGCCCACACCACCGCCUCCACCAACGUCUCCGCCUCUGACCGAUUCGCUGCCUCCAACUUCGGGAAAGAGCGCUUUGUCAAGCUCUUGGAUCAACUCCACAACUCCUUACGCAUUGACCUCUCCACAUAUAGGAACAACUUCCCUGCCAGCAGUAAGGAUCGUCUCCAGGACCUGAAGUCCACUGUGGACCUACUGACCAGCAUCACCUUCUUCAGGAUGAAGGUCCAGGAACUGCAGAGUCCCCCCAGAGCCAGUCAGGUGGUGAGGGACUGUGUUAAGGCCUGCCUCAACUCCACCUAUGACUAUAUCUUCAACAACUGCCAGGAGCUGUACAGCCGCCAGUACCAGCUGCUGGACACACACAAAGAGGAUCUUCCCCUGGAGGAGCAGGGCCCCAGCAUCAAGAACCUGGACUUCUGGCCCAAACUGAUCACCCUUAUCGUCUCCAUCAUAGAGGAGGACAAGAACUCCUACACACCUGUCCUCAACCAGUUCCCUCAGGAGCUGAAUGUGGGGAAGGUGUGUGCUGAGGUCAUGUGGACGCUGUUCUCCCAGGACAUGAAGUAUGCCAUGGAGGUAAUGGAUAACGUUGAUCAUUACCAGUGGCUUCAGGCCCCAUCUGAAUUCCACCUUCGUGGGCAGACGUUUUAUGCUGAGCAUGAAAAGCACCGGCUGUGUAAGAGUGCCGACUACAUGAACCUGCACUUCAAGGUCAAGUGGCUGUACAAUGAGUAUGUGAAGGACCUGCCAAACUUCAAAGGGGUUGUACCCGACUACCCAUCGUGGUUCUUACAGUUUGUGCUGCAGUGGCUGGAUGAGAAUGAAAGCGUUUCCAUGGAGUUCAUGCAUGGAGCUCUGGAGAGAGACAAGAAAGAUGGAUUCCAGCAGACAUCUGAGCAUGCUCUCUUCUCCUGCUCGGUGGUGGACGUCUUCACCCAGCUCAACCAGAGCUUUGAGAUCAUCAAGAAACUGGACUGUCCUGACCCAAAGGUCAUGGCCCACUACAGCCGACGAUUCGCCAAGACUAUUGCCAAAGUUCUUCUGCAGUACAGUGCCAUUCUGACCAAGAGCUUCCCCUCCUACUCUGACAAAGAGAAGAUCCCCUGUGUACUGAUGAAUAAUGUGCAGCAGUUGCGUAUCCAGCUGGAGAAGAUGUUUGAGUCCAUGGGUGCCAAACAGGGCAACAUGGGCAAAAUGAUAGAAUGGCAGCAGGAAAGUGUGGAGGAGGUGGAGGAGGUUGAGGAGGAGCAGGUUGAGACUGACAAAGAGAAGAUGGAUGCACCCCCGGAGGAAAAGCCUGAAAAGAAAGACGAGGAGAAGGUGGUGAUUGUUACCGACAAAAAGCUGGACACAGAAGCCAGUGACCUCCUGAACGAGCUUCAGGUCAAGCUGAACAAUGUGCUGGAUGAGCUGAGUACCACGUUUGGAAACAGUUUCCAGGUCCGUAUUGAUGACUGUAUGAGACAGAUGGCCUCUCUGCUGUACCAGAUCAAGGGCCCAGUCAACGCCAACAGCCGCAACAUGGUGGAGGCCGACUCGGACAACAUGCUGCGGCCACUUAUGGACUUCCUGGAUUCAAAGUUAACGCUGUUUGCCACGGCGUGUGAGAAGACUGUUCUAAAGCGGGUUCUGAAAGAGUUGUGGAGGAUUGUGAUGAGCAGCCUGGAGAAGACCAUCGUUCUGCCCCAAGGAAACGACACCUUUGGGGCUCAGAUCCUGUCUGCAGCCAAGGAACUGGGGCAGCUUUCCAAGCUCAAGGAUCACAUGGCAGGAGAGGCCAAAAGCCUGACACCUAAACAGUGUGCUGUCAUGGAUAUAGCACUGGACACAAUCAAACAAUACUUCCAUGCAGGAGGGAACGGUCUGAAGAAGGCAUUCCUGGAGAAGAGUCCUGAGUUGACCUCACUACGCCAUGCUCUGUCCCUCUACACACAGACCACAGACACACUCAUCAAGACCUUUGUCACAACACAACACACACAAGUGCACAAUGGGAAGGGUAUUAGGUUAACUCCCAACGAAAAAAUACAACCCUCCAGGGGCUCAGGAGUGGACAAGCCGGUGGGAGAGAUAUCCAUACAGAUCGACCUAUUCACCCACCCUGGUACUGGGGAGCACAAAGUCACUGUAAAAGUGGUGGGAGCCAAUGAUCUGAAGUGGCAGACCUCUGGGAUGUUCCGGCCCUUUGUGGAGAUCACCAUGAUCGGACCCCACCUCAGUGACAAGAAGCGCAAGUUCCAAUCAAAGUCCAAGAACAACAGCUGGGCGCCCAAGUUUAACGAGACCUUCCACUUUAUCCUGGGUAACGAGGAUGGCUUUGAGUGCUACGAGCUGCAGAUGUGUGUGAAGGACUACUGUUUUGGCCGUGCCGACCGGGUGGUGGGCAUGGCUGUGAUGCAGCUGCGGGACGUAGCAGAGAAGGGCAGUGUGGCGUGCUGGUGCCCCCUUGGCCAGCGGGUCACCAUGGACGAUACAGGCCUCACCGCCAUGCGCAUCCUCUCCCAGCGCUCCAACGACGAGGUGGCCAAGGAGUUUGUCAAGCUCAAGUCUGAGAUACGCUCUGAGGAGGAGGGCAGAUGAGUUCUCCCUGAAGGAGGGGAGGGGUGUGAAGGGCCUCUAGGAAAGUGGAAAGUAAUAGGAGCACCUUGACUACUACUACUUUGGACUAAUAAUGUUUCCUGGCUGCUACUGGCUGUUUGAUGGACACUGGUUCACCAACACACUGUCACUCUCACUGUGUAUUUGUCAUACUCACCUUUUGUAUCCCCCACUCACUAUCUCCUACAUGUGGGUAGUUAGUUUCUCUCCCACUCAAUGGUUAUUAGACACACUCUCACACGAUAAUGUACUUCCUGUGGGUCUGCCAGUCUGGCACUAUGGACAUGCCAUGGGCGCUAUAUGCCAGUCAUUUCCUGCCAGCCUGUAUGUACUUCAGUACAGGGUCUCCCCCUCACCCCACAGUUCUACUCAGUGUUCAUGUGCAAUACCCCCCAACUGUGGCCAUACGUUUGAUGCCUUACACUUUAGAAGCUGUGAAUGUGUGAAGUUCAGACACAAACUGUAACUAUAGUAGAACGCUGUUUGUUUAUCUUCCUCAAUCUCACUUUAGUGUUCUUCAUGAUCCAUGUUAAAAUCUCAUAGAUGCCACUAUUAGGGUCUAAACGCAGGAUGUCAUUGUUGGUGCAUUGGUCAAAGUAGAUUCACCUAUUUCUAUCGUUUUGACUUCUACCACAAGUCAAGUACCCUGCUCCUAAACUCCUAAAUAUAGUGUACAAAUCCACUGGUUUUUCCUGUAGAAAAGUGAAGUCUGUUUUUUUGUGUUGAAAGUAUGGUGUGGUGGUUCUGAAGUGAGUUUUACAUUUGAGUCUCCCCCCUAUUUUUUGACGAGGUACUGUAACGGCAACAGCACUCAAUGUAAAGGGUUUGUAGAUUGUGUGCCUUGCCAGGUAUUGGGCUCCUAUUCAUGACCCAUUAGUCCCAUACAGUGUUAACAAUGCACUUUGAAUGAGAAUUACUGUAAUGUGUUUUAGUCUAAAUUGUCAUAAACGUUCUUAACUCAAGGGCUGCCUUCUAUCCAGAGAGAAACUUCCUUUUUAGGAUAGAGAUUGGUGAGCACUUUUUAAUCUGGACUAUUGCUUAUUGCAUCAAAAACGGCAAUGGUGUAUGUAGGGCCCUGUCUUGAAUUUAGUAAUCACUACUAAAUAACCCUGAAUACAACAUUUUACAAACAUUUGUCUAAUGUUGCCAACCCUCAAUGACAGCCAUUUUAUUUAUAGUUUUUAUGUAUUUAUUCCAUAGGUAGAAUCUGGUCUACUUUUACAAACAGAGGGCUGCUAGAUAGCGUUUGAGUAUUGUUUGCAAAGUGGUUGUUUUGAAUGGCUUUUUACUGCAGUUUUCUUACAGGACCCUACAGAUGCUAACUGGACCUAGAGGGUAUUUUGGGUACCAGAGGAGUUUAAACGGUUUUCAUCUCAGAUGAGGGAAAUGCUAGCCUCGUAUGGUUCGUAACAAGGCUAGGAAAAGGAAGUCCAAGCCCUCGGUUUGCAAAUAUUUUCCAGCUAUGUUUCCUUGUAUCUCUGAGUGGCCUUACAUUGGUGAUAAUAGAAGAUGUCUGUAUACAUGUUUUUAACCCCAUGUUUUCUGUGUAUUUCUUUUGUCUCACAACGAUGCAGAGGAUUGGUCAAUUUGACCAAAAUCAACCAUAUCAGACUGAGGUUGUCAAUGUGAUUUUCCUUAUUGCUGUUACUUUAUUUUUGUUUUUAAUUGUAUUGGAGGAUUUAUAUUUGUUUAGAUGUAGUAAUUUUCUUAGAUAUAGUAUUUAUAUGUUUGUUUAUUAUUUUCCAUUUUGAUCCCUCUUCAGAAAUGUUGGAAUGAUGUUCAGUACUGUAUCAUGAGUUCUAUUUUGAUGUACAGUAUACAGUAAGGGGUGACGCUUGCCCGUCAACUCCCUGAUAGAAAUGAGAGGAGAAAAAAAAUCGAACAUAUCACUCAUAACAAAAAUAUUUUGCUAUUUGUCAAGUAACACUGCCGUUGUCCAUACAAUGAUAGUCAGUUUGAUGUUCACACAAAGAAGAAAACUGCAAAUUACACACUGCUAAAGCUAUAUCUGGGCUUUAUAUGCAGUAUCUACAGUACCAAUGUGAAUACAUACAUAUUUUGGGCUGUUGAUUUAGAGGGAAAUGUCUACUUUUGAAGAGGGCACUGCCACUCUGUAACAUACAUGUUCCUUGUGCCAAGCUGUGCAAGUGUUCACUUUUUAUCGUUUCAUUACGUUUUUUUAAGUGCAUCUUUUUUAAAUCUUGUGAACCCUUGCACUAUAAUUAAAUCACUACAAUAGUUAGUUAGCACGUAUUGUAUGUCCGAGUAACGGGACUUUUGUGAAGUUUUAUUUGUAUUUUGUAACUGUAAAAAAACAUGGUAUUGAUCAUUAAAAUGUGUACAUUCCUAUUUAUUAAUUUUGUAUAAAGUAUUUAAGAAAUAUCUAA